CACGGGGCCGGGGAUUCCUGAUGCUCAUGUGCACGGCUGGGACCGGGCUCUUCGCCGGCUACAGGAGUCGCCGCUAUGCAGGUCUCCAGCCUCAACGAGGUGAAGAUCUACAGCCUCAGCUGCGGCAAGUCCCUCCCCGAGUGGCUUUCUGACAGGAAGAAAAGGGCCCUACAGAAGAAAGAUGUUGACGUCCGUCGGAGAAUUGAACUUAUUCAGGAUUUUGAAAUGCCUACUGUUUGUACCACCAUUAAAGUAUCAAAAGAUGGACAGUAUAUCUUAGCUACUGGGACAUACAAACCUCGAGUUCGAUGUUACGACACCUACCAGUUAUCCUUGAAGUUUGAAAGGUGUUUAGAUUCAGAAGUCGUCACCUUUGAAAUGCUGUCUGACGACUAUUCCAAGAUUGUCUUCUUACAUAAUGAUCGAUACAUUGAAUUCCAUUCACAGUCGGGCUUUUAUUAUAAAACCAGAAUACCAAAGUUUGGGAGAGACUUCUCUUACCACUAUCCGUCCUGUGACUUGUACUUUGUUGGCGCAAGCUCUGAAGUUUAUAGAUUAAAUUUAGAACAAGGGCGCUACCUGAACCCCCUACAAACGGAUGCUGCGGAGAAUAACGUGUGUGACAUAAAUACAGUACAUGGCUUGUUUGCCACCGGAACCAUCGAGGGCCGUGUGGAAUGCUGGGACCCACGAACGCGAAGUAGAGUGGGCCUCUUAGAUUGUGCCUUAAGUAGCGUCACAGCCGAUACAGAGAUUGACAGUUUACCAACAAUCUCGGCUCUGAAAUUUCACGGUGCCUUGACCAUGGCGGUUGGAACAUCUACAGGGCAGGUUUUAUUAUAUGAUCUUCGUUCCGAUAAGCCACUGCUAGUUAAGGAUCACCAGUAUGGACUGCCCAUUAAGUCAAUUUACUUUCAGGAUUCAUUAGAUUUGAUUUUGUCUGCAGACUCGCGAAUUAUCAAAAUGUGGAAUAAGAACUCGGGAAAAAUAUUCACUUCCUUGGAGCCCGAACACGACAUUAAUGAUGUCUGCCUCUACCCCAACUCAGGAAUGCUUCUCACUGCCAACGAAGCCCCCAAGAUGGGCAUCUACUACAUUCCAGUUCUGGGGCCCGCGCCCAGGUGGUGCUCCUUCUUGGACAACCUGACAGAAGAGCUAGAAGAGAAUCCAGAAAGCACCGUCUACGAUGAUUACAAAUUCGUCACCAAGAAAGACCUGGAAAACUUAGGGCUCACACAUCUCAUUGGCUCACCGUUCCUGCGGGCAUAUAUGCAUGGAUUUUUCAUGGAUAUCAGACUCUAUCACAAGGUGAAACUGAUGGUGAAUCCAUUUGCUUACGAAGAGUACAGGAAAGACAAGAUCCGGCAGAAGAUAGAAGAAGCUCGUGCCCAGAGAGUGCAGUUAAAGAAAUUGCCAAAAGUUAAUAAGGAACUGGCACUUAAAUUAAUUGAGGAAGAGGAAGAGAAGCAAAAAGCUACAUGGAAAAAAAAAGUUAAGAGCCUCCCUAAUAUUCUCACCGAUGAUCGAUUUAAAGUUAUGUUUGAGAAUCCUGACUUCCAAGUGGACGAACAAAGUGAAGAAUUCAGACUUUUGAAUCCACUUGUUUCAAAGAUUAGUGAAAAAAGGAAGAAGAAACUCCGACUCCUGGAGCAGCAAGAACUCCGUGAUAAAGAAGAGGAGGAAGAACCGGAAGGAAAAGCGAGCGAUGCAGAAAGCUCUGAGAGUUCCGAUGAUGAAAAGGACUGGGUGGAAGAGGUCAGGAAACAGCGCAGACUCCUCCAGCAGGAGGAAAGAGCGAAGCGGCAGGAGCAGCGCAGGGAGGACCAGCAGACAGUCCUCAAGCCGCAGUUCUACGAGAUCAAAGAGGGAGAAGAGUUCAGAAGCUUCAAAGAUUCUGCCACAAAGCAGAAGCUGAUGAACAAAACCCUUGAAGACCGUUUGAAACGGGAAGCCAAAAACGGGCCCUUGAGUGUGGCAGACACCACAGUCGGCAGCAAACAGUUGACGUUUACAUUAAAGAAGUCUGAGCAGCAGAAGCAGCAGCAGGAGGCCGAGAAACGGCACCGCCAGGAGCGGAAGACGCUCCGCCGCUCGGCCAGUCACCUGAAGUCCAGGUCCCGGCGGGGGCGGCCGCUUCGCUGACCCAGCAGGAGCCGCGCCCCGGACAGCCAGCGCACCCCACGCUGACCCUGGAGAACAUCUGCAAAGGGCAGGCAGAGGCGGAACACGGGGCCCCUGUCAGCGCCUCCGUCCCCCCACCGGCCCCGGCCCUGUGUCCCGGGCUGUGAACCGCGUUUCCUCUCGUGAAGCCUGUGGCCCGGAACAGAACGUUCAUUCAGGCUCAGGUGCAGGCGACCGUGUCCCGUCCAGCCAGGGGGUCCCCGCCCGGAGACCAGAGACCGAGACCCCUCCCUGCCCGCCACGCAUGGCGACUCCGCGCAGCGCGUUCGUGUGUACACGUGUCCCCCUGAGAUUUUUGUAAUCAAUAUUUUUCUACCUGGAGAAUAUAAUUUAAGAGUAAUAACCACCUAACGCAGGAACUGGAAGCUGCUGACUGUUGGAACUUGGCACAGGAUUAAAUGCCGUUCCCUCCCCCACCCCCUCUGUUUCUGAUGCAGUUACAGGCAAAGUUGCUGCAGAAAACAUGUAUUAAAAAAUAAAACCUUGCUUUUGAA